GAUUUGCAUGCUUUGCUCUCACUGGAUGCCUGUCUUGAGCAGCCUUCGGCUGAUUGGCCGCGACCGGAAGGAGGGCGGGGAAGCGCUGCCACCAAAACAGGCAUAAAAGCCGGUGUUCGGAUCAAGAGACGGCGGAGCGCUCAGCCAGCUACUGUUUGGGAGGUCUGACAGAGACGCUGCGAGCCUGAGAGGGGAGAAAAAGCAAAAGCCGAAGAGAAGCAGAGGACGUUUGGAGGAAGCCUGGUAGGAGAAGCAUCACGAAGCCGAGGAGACCCACCUAAACAGGCAGCAUGUCUCUGGAGGUGAAGGAGAAGACCCAGGUGCGCCUCGUGUUCCUGGGGGCGGCGGGCGUGGGCAAGACGGCCCUGAUCCAACGCUUCCUCCAGGACAAGUUCGAGCCCAAGCACCGGCGGACCGUGGAGGAGAUGCACAGCAGGGAGUAUGACGUCGGCGGGAUCAAGGUGACGGUGGAAAUCCUGGACACCAGCGGCAGCUACUCCUUCCCCGCCAUGCGCAAGCUGUCCAUCCAGAACAGCGACGCCUUCGCGCUGGUCUACGCCAUCGACGACCCCGAGUCCCUGGAGGCCGUCAAGAGCCUGCGGGACGAGAUCCUGGAGAUCAAGGAGGACAAGUACACGCCCAUAGUGGUGGUGGGCAACAAGGCGGACCGGCAGCAGCAGCGGCAGGUGAGCAGCGAGGCCGCGCUGUCCGCCGUGGAGAUGGACUGGAACCACAGCCACGUGGAGGCGUCGGCCAAGGAGAACGCCAACGUGGUGGAGGUGUUCAAGGAGCUGCUGCAGCAGGUGAACCUGCCCUGUCGCCUCAGCCCGGCGCUGCGCCGCCGGCGGGAGACCUUCCCCAAGGACGACGGCUUCCGGCCGCCCAUGAACAAGACCAACAGCUGCAUCGUGUCCUAGCGGGGCACGCGGCUCGGAGGCAGGCUGCAGGCUGAGCGGCAAAGACACCCGUCAGGAGGGGAGGUCGACGCAGGAAGGACUGCGAUGGGAAAACAGACUGGAUGGAGUCAAGUGAAACGGAGAAAAAUGUGAUUUCUUGACUUGAUGUGAUGUUGUUGCUUGUUCGGUGACGCCGCUGGUGUUUAGAUCCAUGAGUCCGAUUUGAAUUUAAAAAAUAAAGUGUUCAUGUUUACCAAGGGAAAGAUUAUGUACAUAUGUUGUUACCUGUUGUAUAGUUGUAUCUUGUAAAUUGAUUUAAUUCACUAAUUCACCUGUAGCACGUUGACACGUUUACAUAUUUUUUCUACUCAAUUGCAAUUUGCCUGUGAAACGCCACCUUUUUACGUUUGUGUGCGGAAAAUAUAGGGAAACCGUGAAUGAUGUUAAAUUAAAAAGGUUUUUCAGGAAUGGUGGUUUUACACUUUUGUUAUUUUUUUAUGUUUGCAUAUUCUCACCGAUGUUUGUUUAACACGUGUAAGUGAGGAGUGGAUUUAAAUGUGGAAAUAAAGGUGAAGAUAUUGUUUGGCAUCA